CGCGCAUUAGUUUCUCCCCUACUGUUGACAAAAAAUUUAAUGUAAAUUUUACGUUUAAUAAAAUGAGAGUAAUAUUUAAAGAAGAGGAUGUUCCUAAGAAACGGCGAUUCUUCUUUAACACCUUGACUCUUCUCUUUCUCCCUCUCCCUCUCUCUCCAACCAAACCAAAGCAGAGUAGAUGGAGAGACGAACGAGAAGAGUAAAGUUCACAGAGCAUCACAAGGUGACACCUGUCCCGGCUAAACCAUCCAACGACUCUCCGAGAGUGGUCCGAAUCGCUUAUACAGAUCCUUUCGCAACCGACUCAUCAAGCGACGACGAUGAUGAUAACAACAGCAACGUAACGGUUGCCCCGAGAGUGAAACGUUACGUGGAGGAGAUUAGAUUCGGCGAAACCAAAUCAUCCUCUUCGAGGAAAGCUAGAAAAGGCGGAAAUGAUGACGUGUCAGCGAAUCCCGUAAAGUACAGAGGCGUGAGGCGGAGGCCGUGGGGGAAAUUCGCGGCGGAGAUCCGAGAUCCGUCGAGCCGUUCUCGGGUGUGGCUAGGGACUUUCGUGACGGCAGAGGAAGCUGCUAUGGUUUACGAUCGGGCCGCGAUUAAAUUCAGAGGCCAUAACGCACAGACGAAUUUUCUGACUCCUCCUCCUCCUCCGUCUCCUUCGCCGGUGAUCGAUCUAGAAACGGUUUCGGGAUGCGAUUCCGGGAGCCAGAGCCUCCGUUCUCCGACGUCUGUUCUCCGAUUCAACUUCAACGAGAAAACAGAGGUUGAGAUCGAACCAAUCGAGCUAUCCUCGGAGGUGGAGCCGGCGAGCUUGUUCCCGGAUCCGUAUUCGUUGCCGGAUCUGUGCCUCGCCGGGGAGUACUUUUGGGAUUCGGAAACUCCUCCGGAGCCUUUGUUUCUGGAUGAUGAAAUCGAAAUCGAGAAACCGUUACUAAACCCGGUUAUACCGAAAGAAGAGAACGAACCGGAAGAUUUCUCGUUCGAUUUGAGCGAAGAUUUCGAUGCGUCUCCAUGGGAUGUAGACAAUUUCUUCGAGAAUGAUUAAUACACAAAUUGGUCUUUGCCAGUCAGUGACGUGGACGGUUCUGGUCGGCUGGAUUUUGUGGGUAUAUAUGACUAAGUAGGAGGAGUAUUAUUAGUUAAGAUUAAGAUAAAAAUGUCAAAAGUGUUUAUAAAGGUUUAUUAGCUAAUUUUAGUUAUUUGAUUUUUUUUCUUUUGAGAUUGUACCAACGUGAAGAGGCAGUAUAUCCCAAAGUGUUUAUAAUGUCCAUAUUAAUAUUGUUUUAAAUGUUGCUAUGA